AUGAGCAGCCCAACUCCAUAUGAACCAGAGGAAGACGACGACGAUACAUCGGAAUACAAGCCCGAAAUCAAGCCUUCGCAAACAAGCGCCCCGUUACCGGUCCCUCCAUCAACUGGUCCCACUUCGUCGAAAGCAUAUCCACCCGUGCAAACGUCGAGGACGGAGCGCAGAUCCGCAAGAGGCACGCGAGCCCAGGCGCUAGAGGAGCUACAAUUAUCGCUAUCGAGAGAGUCCGUGGAGGCAUACUCCAGCGUUCUUGCGGGGAUCAUCGAAGAUCAUGCGCCCGUUCCUACAAUCGACGGUGGCGAAAACCACACUACAUCGCAGAAUGGAAUCGUGACGUGGACUCCAAACGAAAAGGAGGUACUAUAUCAUGUUUUGGAUAGGAAGAGCAAGAAUGGGAUCCAAGAAAUUUCCCGUCAGCUGGGCUCGAAAUCUGAGCUUGAAGUUCAGGAGCAUUUGAACCUGCUCCAUAAUGGCCUGGAAAGACAGCACCUGAAGGAUCGUCAUACAAGGACGAUUAUUUUAGGUGAGGUUCCCGCAGCAGCUGAAAUAAGCAAGGACUGCUGUGACGAGCUCGACCAAUACGCUGAGUUGGUUUCGAUGGAGGAGCAGAUGGCAGAAGAUGUUGCUGGAAAGCAGAAGCACCAAGACCUGUGGAUCAUUAAUCGAGAAACAGCAGAAGCGCUUGCGCAGGAAGUCAAGUCCCAAGGCGCUGAUCCAACUGCUAGCUCCAGUGCCCAUCUGACGGCUGAGCUCUUCAAUAUGAGAAAGUGGAUCCGGCUGUCAGAACGCUUCUUCAUGAAUUUUGGCGGUGCACGACUGGAAGACAACUGGGCCAAUGUAGCCUUCGCAGAUGAGACACCGUCCAUGACCGCCGAUUCAUUUGCGGAUUUCUAUGCCUUGACAGUCAGUCUGACACGCCGUCUUGUUCAGUCAUCUCUUUUCUUCGCAAUGUCAAGGUUGCGGAAUAUGCGACAGACUGGCAAUCAAAAGGCGAAUGUCGUGAGGUCUCGCGAUGUCAAGACAGCACUGGACGUGCUCAACAUGCAACGGGACCGUUCCGACUACUGGGUCGGCCUUGCGCGGAGAUGCAGUCUCAAUGUUGAAGACUCUCGACAUCGAAAGGGGUGGAAGGCAGUGCACAUGGAGCACGAUGAGGUGGAGGAUAUCUUGUCUGGGAGAAUACCUCUCGAAUCAGAGUCUCGUGAAAGAAGUGCCUCAAGGGGAAGAUCGGGAAGUCGUGCGCCAGGGAAUACGACAGAUGCCGAGGACGCAGGUUAUAGUGACGAGUCGGAGCUAUCCUCUGCGGCAUCAUCUGUGCUCUCUUCGCCUGUUCUAUCUCCAGUUGAGGAACAGCCAGUUGAUCUAGAGGAUGACCAUGCUGAACAGAUUGAUGGGCAGAUGAGCCGUCUCGAGGAAGUGAACCUAUGGAAGCUCAUUGGCGAGUCACCUCCACAACCCCUCGAAGCCCAAAUCCAAGAGUAUGAAGCGCAAGAUGCUGUCCCACGGAGGCCACUUGGUCAGCGCAAGACAAUGGAAGACUUGGUCGAUUGGCGUGACAGGACGUUCUAUCGCAGCGAGUGGGAGGAAUACGGUCAUGAUCUUGUGGACCUAUACGAUGAUCUUUCAGAGAACCGGCGGAAGAGGCGACGUUUCGAUCAGGAUACGGAUACAGAGCCUACAAAUCGGCUGGUUGCUGCUCCAAAUCAGCAGAACGCCAGCCUCCCUGAUAGUCACAUUAGUGCUGGCGACAGCGAUGAUGCAGACGAUGGGGAUGAUUACGAUGAAAUGCGGGUGGAUGAGCUGACACCAUCGAAGUCUGAGAUCGAGUUUCCAGGGAGAGAAGAUUCAUCGCCACAGGAUGAGAGUCCAAUAUCUGAACAUGCAUCUCGCCUGAUACAUGAGCUUGAAGGUCAUGAAGGGUAUCCGCCACGAAGAGACCUGAGAUCGGGCGUUAUGCUAGUCCCUUCCAAGGCCACGGAAGCAGACAGUCCUCCAAGUCGUCGCCUUCGUAGGGCGAUCAAGCCUGAAUUGGAUAAUGAAACAGCAUCUAGUACUGACGACAAUCUACCUGAUCCACGCGCAGCCUCGUCCGAAGAUGAGGGGAGCGAUGAAGGAGUGCCAUUGUAUUCACACCCAAUGAGCCCAGCCGAUCCGGUGUCGGAUUGA